ACAGGGCAAUUUAUUAACCAUUUUCUUCGGCACACGGUCUGAAACACACUCUUUUCUACUUUGUACCCAAAAACACACUCUCAUUUUCCUCUUCUCUUUCACUUGCAGCUUCAACAAUCUCCUUUCAUGUUUGUUUCAAGCUUCAACAAUCAAGCGCGCCCACAAGAAAAUGAUGAAACUUUUCCGUUGGGUUUUGAAAUUAAGUAGUGACUUUGAUAGUUUUGUGUAGACUGUACUAAAGGGAGAGAGAAACAAAAGUUUAAGAUGGCUUUUGUUUGAGGGUGAAAAGGGGGGAAUUUGUGACCAAAAAUUAUAAAAAGAAGAGGGCUUUUUCAGCUAGUGAAGGUUGGUUUUCUUCUAGAUUGAUUGAAAGGGGUUCUGUAAUGGAAGAAGGGUUAGGGCAAAACUCAGUUCCUCCUCAUGGUCCCAUUGAUAAGUCCAAGAUUCUGGAUAUUAAACCUCUGAGGAGUUUGAUUCCUAUUUACUCAAUGUCUUCUCAAGCUCCACCUGCUGGCCAGUAUCCUUCUGGGUUUUCUCCGUUUUUCCCAUUUGGUGCACCUCAGCAAACUCCAACUGGGGUGACGACAAGGGGUGCUGCCACACCUGCUCCAUUAAGGGCAUAUAAGAACCCACUAGGGGCAGGAGACUCUAGUUCAACAAUGAACGGGUUCAAUGGUCAAGAUACUUCUGGGAAGAAAAAACGUGGAUCACCGUCGCGCCACACCAAAUCAUCUGUAAAUAAGCCUAAGAAAAGUCAAGAGCCACCUGCUGAUUUAAGUGGCUUAGUUGGUAUUAGCCCUGCCCAAAGAGAAGAUGGUAGCCGUGAAGUGGUUAAUAUUGUGCUCAUGGCGUAUGAUGCACUUCGGAGAAGGCUCUGCCAACUUGAAGAGGCGAAGGAAUUGAGCUCAGGUUCGAUCAAGCGUGCAGAUUUGAAAGCUUGCAAUACUUUGAUGACCAGAGGAAUUCGGACAAACAUGAGGAAGAGAAUAGGAGCAGUUCCUGGGAUUGAGAUUGGUGACAUUUUUUAUUUCCGAAUGGAAUUGUGUAUUGUGGGCUUGCAUGCUCCCUCCAUGGGUGGAAUUGAUGCCUUGCAUAUCAGGGGUGAGUUUGAGGAGGAAACUCUGGCUGUGUGCAUUGUUUCGUCAGGAGAAUAUGACGAUGAUGCUGAGGAUAGUGAUGUUAUAAUUUAUACUGGUCAGGGUGGGAACUUCUUCAUGAAUAAAGAUAAGCACACAACUGACCAGAAGCUUCAAAGGGGUAAUCUUGCUUUGGAUAGGAGUUCGCGACAACACAAUGAAGUAAGAGUCAUCCGGGGCAUGAGAGAUGGUGUGAAUCCAAAUAAUAAAAUCUAUGUCUAUGAUGGUCUUUAUAAAAUCCAAGAUUCAUGGAUAGAAAAAGCAAAAGGUGGCGGUGGUGUAUUUAAGUAUAAGUUGGUGAGAAUACCUGGUCAAUCUAGUGCCUUUGCUGUUUGGAAAUCAAUUCAGAAGUGGAAAUCUGGCUCCCCUUCAAGGACUGGACUUAUUCUUGCAGACCUUUCCAAUGGAGCUGAGGGUAUUCCUGUCUCACUUGUCAAUGAGGUCAAUAAUGUGAAGGCACCUACUUUUUUCAAUUAUUUCCAUUCUCUUAGACAUCCAAAAUCAUUCAGUUUAAUGCAGCCUUCACAUGGGUGCACCUGCAUUAAAGCAUGUGUCCCAGGUGAUUUGAACUGCUCUUGCAUUAGGAGAAAUGAAGGUGAUUUCCCAUACACUGGCAAUGGCAUUCUCGUGAGCCGGAAGCCAUUGGUUCAUGAAUGUGGCCCCACAUGUCAGUGUUUUCCUAACUGCAAAAAUCGAGUGUCGCAAACUGGUUUAAAGCACCCCAUGGAAGUGUUCAGAACGAAGGAUAGAGGGUGGGGUCUUCGAUCGCUGGAUCCUAUUCGUGCUGGUACUUUUAUUUGUGAAUAUGCAGGAGAAGUUGUUGACAGAGGCAAGGUAAGUCAGCUUGUGAAGGAAGGAGAUGAGUAUGUUUUUGAUACAACCCGUAUUUAUGAUCAAUUCAAGUGGAAUUAUGAGCCUAGGCUUUUGGAAGAAAUCGGUUCCAAUGACUCUACUGAGGAUUAUGCCAUGCCGUAUCCUUUAAUUAUAACUGCCAAGAAUAUUGGGAAUGUAGCUAGAUUCAUGAACCAUAGUUGCUCCCCAAAUGUUUUCUGGCAGCCUGUCGUGUAUGAAGAGAACAACCAAUCAUACCUCCAUGUUGCAUUUUUUGCACUCAGACACAUUCCGCCAAUGACUGAGUUAACAUAUGAUUAUGGACUUGCCCAAUCUGAUCAUGCCGAAGGUAGCAGUGCAGCCAAAGGGAGAAAGAAAUGCUUAUGCGGAUCAUCAAAAUGCCGUGGUUCUUUUGGUUAGAGUUGCUCAAGACCGGCAUGGUACUGGCAAUGCUUUCAUGGCUGAAAAGAAACCAUGGCGUGGAUCAUAUUCAAUGCUAUUUGCAUUGGUCUGAACUCUUCCUGGGCCCAUUUACUUCAGCUGCUGCAAUCAUCAUGACUCAUAAUUGAGGGAACUUGGUUUCGUAUAUGCUGCUAAUUAAUUAUAAUUAUUAACGAGACCUUAGUAUGUGCAGUUGAUUAUUGGCAGAGUGGUAUUUGGAAUCUCCAUUUCCGUUUGGGUUCUGCUGCUAAGGACUGCCCCCUUUUACUUGUGUUUUUGGCAACUUGUGUGGGUAGAUUAAGGAGAACUUUGUUAAUGUCAACGUCUAACUGCAGAUUUCACCUAAUAAACCUUACUAGCUUAAAUCUGCCUUCUUUCAGAGCCCUCUAUAGAACUUGCCGAAAUACAAUGCAAUUUAGUCGUAUAAUGGUUGUAAUAAUUAUGCCACUUGAUGUAUUUCUUUCCUUUUAAUUCUUCUGGA